CUUCGACAUCCGCUUGUUUACAAGUUGAAACUGAAAGUCGAACUGCAGACGAUAGGAAGGUUAUCUCAGAUUUCAUCCAUGAUAAAAUACAAACACACGAUGGUUACAUGAAAGGAAUCUGAUAAACCUACAUGUCUGAAGAUGAACGCGACUGGAGGUGUAGCACGGAAACAAAAAAAAAACACCUUUUAAGAAAACUGUUUACGAUGAGCUUCACAAAUGCAGGCUUAUAUGAACACUAAAAAUGAAUACAACAUUUACAACCCUAUCGAGAGGCACAAGGCUUGUCUCAAAUACUGGCUGGCAAUCUUGUCAUACUGGUAUUCUCUGUUGUCAUAGAAACAAAGACACCACAAGGGAGAUAACUCCACGAAAGAAGUGUUAUUGCUCAGAAAGCAGACACCCAGUCUGUAAUGAAUUGCUUAGACGACAAAAAACACAGUUUUCACAAAGUAAAGACCAAUUUGGCCAAACCUCUCGACUCUACUCCAGUUUAACAGUUUGUGAUAAGAGAUACGGAGGCAAACAAAAUGAAUUUCUGUUGAGAAAUGAUUGCCCUUCCUCUGUGUGUAUGCCAACAAGACGUGUGGGUGUUCUGUCUGACCCAGAAAACAAGGGAAAGAAACAAGUUGGUAUCAACUUUGACACCAUUGGGAGUUGGAACAAUCGUAUCAAUAUGCCUAUUCUUAUGAAAGAAAGCAUACAAACAGGAAAGCUGAUCCCUCAGAUUCCACUGGAGAAGAUUGGAACAGCAUCCCUACUUGGCCGUCGGAACAGGAAUGAAGACAGAUAUGCCAUCAAGAAAUUGUCCCCAGAAUAUUUGUAUUUCGGGAUAUUUGAUGGACACAACGGAGACUUGGCUUCUGCGUACUUGGAAAGUCAAAUGAGCAAUAACCUGUCCCUAUGGUUGUCAAGGGAACAAGACAACAGUGUGGUUCUAAGACAGUCAUUUAUAGAUGUCAACAACAGUCUCGCCAGAAAUUUAUCAUUCUACUGUCUAGGUGACGAACAGUUCAGUGCUGGAAGUACAGCCACUGUCUGUCUGUUACAACACAGCACUGAACUGACGAUUGGCCAUGUUGGGGACACACGAGCUCUCCUAUGUCGGGGAGGUAAAUCAAUCGCCCUCACUCAAGAUCAUCACCCUGACAAUAUAGAGGAAAGAAAGCGAAUCGAGGCUUGUGGUGCAGUCAUCACACCAAACAGUCUGGGGACGCCCAAAGUCAACGGAAAUCUCAGUAUGACGCGCUGUAUUGGUAAUCUCCCUUUGAAGAAAUAUGGUGUUACAGAACAUCCAGAAAUACAGACAAAAAAGCUUGACCACGGCCGUGAUGCCUUUCUAGCGCUGAUCAGUGAUGGGGUCAGUUUUGUUCUGAGUGACCAAGAGGUUGUGGACAUAACAUGCAGCUGUACUCACCCCCAGGAGGCAGCAAAUCGUGUAACUGACCAGGCCCUACAGUUUGGGUCCGAGGACAACACAACCUGCGUGGUUAUCCCCCUUGGUGCCUGGGGUAAAUACAGCACAGAUACAGGGACUAUACAGUACAGCUUUGGUAGAACAUUUGUACCAAUUCGAGAUUCAUAAUUGUAAGAGUUAUUCCCCUUUGUGGAUGUUUUCAGUCUGGAAAUUAUUUUAGUCAGAAGAAAAUGUGAUAUGCUGAUUAUUUCCCUUUGUGUUAACAGCUCUGCAGGUAUUUGGAUGAUUCUGUACAUCUUAGCGAAACACUGGUUCCUUUUCUCAGUCUAAGGGUGCAUGUAUUUCAGCCAGAAGACAGGAUGACCUUCUUGAUUAUCCCCUGUUGUAGCAAGAAUUACUUCCCUGCUUUUGGCAAGAAAGCAGCUCAUUGUGGCUAUGUCUGUCAGAACUUUUUCGUUAUUCGUAGAAUUUAUUUCCUUCAGAGGAAAUAAAAGCCUGCAUGAUUAUCUCCCUUACAGCAUGAGCCAGUUACAGGGAAGAUGCAGAGAAGAUGCAGGGAAGAUACAGUAUAUAAACACGAAUAAAGUCUUAAUACAAUGUUUGUUAUUUGAAAA